CCGGGCAGCCUCCGGGCGGCGCGGCGCGGGCGGCGGCCGGAUCCAGGGCGGGGGUCGGCGGCCCGGCCAGCCCGGCCCGGCCCGGGGCCGCGUCCUGAGAGUCAGCCCUCGCCGCUGCAGCCUCGGCGCCCGGCCGGCCGGCCAUGGAGCGCCCCCCGCCCCGCGCCGCCGGCCGGGACCCCAGUGCGCUGCGGGCCGAGGCGCCGUGGCUGCGCGCAGAGGGUCCGGGGCCGCGCGCCGCGCCCGUGACGGUGCCCACGCCGCCGCAGGGCUCUUCCGUGGGCGGCGGCUUCGCGGGCUUGGAGUUCGCGCGGCCGCAGGAGUCGGAGCCGCGGGCCUCGGACCUGGGGGCCCCCCGGACGUGGACGGGGGCGGCGGCGGGGCCCCGGACUCCGUCGGCGCACAUCCCCGUCCCAGCGCAGAGAGCCACCGCAGGAAAAGCCCGGCUGGACGAGGUCAUGGCUGCCGCUGCCCUUACAAGCCUGUCCACCAGCCCUCUCCUUCUGGGGGCCCCAGUUGCAGCCUUCAGCCCGGAGCCUGGCCUGGAGCCCUGGAAGGAGGCCCUGGUGCGGCCCCCAGGCAGCUACAGCAGCAGCAGCAACAGUGGAGACUGGGGCUGGGACCUGGCCAGUGACCAGUCCUCUCCGUCCACCCCGUCACCCCCACUGCCCCCCGAGGCAGCCCACUUUCUGUUCGGGGAGCCCACCCUGAGAAAAAGGAAGAGCCCAGCCCAGGUCAUGUUCCAGUGUCUGUGGAAGAGCUGCGGGAAGGUGCUGACCACGGCGUCGGCGAUGCAGAGACACAUCCGCCUGGUGCACCUGGGGAGGCAGGCAGAGCCUGAGCAGAGUGAUGGUGAGGAGGACUUCUACUACACAGAGCUGGACGUUGGUGUGGACACGCUGACCGACGGGCUGUCCAGCCUGACUCCAGUGUCCCCCACGGCCUCCAUGCCGCCUGCCUUCCCCCGCCUGGAGCUGCCAGAGCUGCUGGAGCCCCCAGCCCUGCCUAGUCCCCUGCGGCCGCCUGCCCCGCCCCUGCCCCCGCCGCCUGUCCUGAGCACUGUUGCUAACCCCCAGUCCUGUCACAGUGACCGUGUCUACCAGGGCUGCCUGACGCCCGCCCGCCUGGAGCCGCAGCCCACGGAGGUCGGAGCCUGCCCACCCGCCUUGUCCUCCAGGAUCGGAGUCACCCUGAGGAAGCCCCGCGGCGACGCGAAGAAGUGCCGGAAGGUGUAUGGCAUGGAGCGCCGGGACCUGUGGUGCACAGCCUGCCGCUGGAAGAAAGCCUGCCAGCGGUUCCUGGACUAAGUCCGGCUCGUUCAAGAACAUAAGCUACCACCUCUCCCUCCCCACCCCCUCCAGGCCCGGGGCUGAAACAGCCCGGGGACAGCCCCAGGGGCUGGCCUUCACAGCUGCAGGGUCUGCUUUUAAUGGGGGGGGGGGGGGGGCUGACCCUGAACCCCCACCCCAGGUCGGGGAGGGGGUCCCACCACUCAAAGUGCCUCUGAAGAAACCAGCUUUUUGCACUAAAGCCAAACCACACCGCUGUCCCCUUAGCCCCAAGGGCCCUGGGGGCAGCCACCCUCCCGCCUGUCGGCCCGUAGAUUUAUCAAGGGUGUUAUGGGCCCAGCUUUGGGGGGCCAGUCCCGAUGCACUUUGAGGGGUGUAGGAGAGAGGACUCCCCUACUCGCACUUAACUCAAUGGCUCUCGGGCCCUGGGGCUGUUUUUACCAUGUUUUUGAAGCUCAGGUGUCUCACGUCUGGGCUGCACCAGGCGAAGAGAGAAAUUAAAGAUUUGAGGUUUUUCCAGAA